AUGGAUAUUCUACCAGAAUUUCUCGAAGAUUUUACAAAUAAUGAAUAUUGGGAACAAUUUUUUCUUAAAUUAGAUAAAAAUAAAAAGAUAAAUUUUGAAUGGUAUGGAGACUAUAAUUUGAUUAAAUCUAAAUUAUUUGAAAGCUUAAAAUAUUCCCAUGAUUCAAAUAAAUCUAUAAAUAUUCUACAUAUUGGAUGUGGCAAUUCAAAUAUUCCAUUAGAAUUAUAUAAUAUUGGUUAUCAUAAUAUAGUUAAUAUUGACUUUUCACAAAAUGUUAUUAAAAAAAUGAAAAAACUUUGUAAAGAGUAUUAUAAAAUGAAAUGGAUUUGUUUAGACGUAGGAAAUGAUUUAGAAGAUUUUGCUAAUAAAGAAGAAAAUAAAGGUAUAUAUGAUAUAAUUAUUGAUAAAGGUUUUUUAGAUGCUUUUCUUUCAACUAAUAUAUUACAAGAUACAUACAAAAAACGUGGAACUGAAUAUUUUAAAAUAUGUUCUAAAUUAUUAAAUAAUAAUGGUAAAUAUAUUUUAAUAACAUUAUGUCAAGAAUAUAUUUCUAAUGUUAUUAUUAGAAGUUUUUACAAAGAAAAAGUAUAUUUAAAUAUUUAUCCAUUAUUUAAUAUUGAAGAUUCCAAAUUUCUACCUUAUUAUAUUGAAAUAAAUAAAAUUGAAGAUUCUAAAAAUGAUAUAGUAAUGUGUUUUUUAAAUGAUGAUAGUUCAUAUAUAAAGUCUUCAAAUUUUAAUAUAUGGUUAUUACCAAAACAUAUAAAAGAGAUUUCAGCUUUAUUUUGGAGUAAAAAACAUAUAAAAUAUUAUAAACCAGGUCAAAUGAUUGUAUAUUAUUUAAAUGGAAAUGAAAAAAGUAAAGAUAAUGAUUCUUAUAAAAUAGUAAUUUAUGAUAAUGAAGUAGAAAGAAUAGAAUAUCAAUUAACAGCAGCAUUAAUUGUUCCUUUUGGGGAAGAAUUAGAUUGGUUAUAUAAUACUAAAAAAGGAUAUCAAGAAUUAGCAGAACAAAUAAAAACUAAACGUUUAAUUGUUAUAUCUAGUCAUAUUUCUAAUAACAUUAUUUCAAAUCUAGAAAUUACUAAUAAAAUUUCUUCAUAUUUAUCUCCAUUAGCUUUAGAAGGUUCUGGAAAAUUUCCUAUACUUUCUAUAGGAGAUAAUGGACAUAUUAAACGUAAAUGUAUAGCAUAUAUAGAAUCAGACUAUUGUAAUGGGAUACAAAUAUAUGAAAUAUUAUCUAAAAAAAGAAAUUGUAGACAAAUGGUAUUUACAUCUAAUCCUCGUUUAAUACAAUCAGAAGUAACUAUAUUGAAUUCAAAUAAUGGUAAUAUUAAAUUUAAUUAUUUAAGUAAAUUAUCUGAUUAUUAUAUUGGUGUAAUUUUAGCAUCUAGUUUAUCAUUAAUAAAUAUUAAUAGAUAUAAAACUAGAACUCCUGAGAUAAUUAUAUUAGGAUUAGGUGGUGGGAUUUUAGCAUCUGUAUUUGGGCAAUUAUAUACUAGAGAUCAAUUAAAUAUAACAGCAAUUGAAAUAGAUCCUAAUGUAGUCGAUGCUGCCAUUAAUUAUUUUGGUUUAUCUAAAAAUAGGAUAAAUAUUAUUAUUGAAGAUGCAUUUAAAUAUAUAGAAGAUAUUUCUAAAAUGAAACCUAAUAGUACUGAUAUUAUAGUUAUUGAUAUCAAUUCUAACAAUAUUGGGGAUCCAUUAAUGUGUCCUGCAAAACAUUUUAUUGAACCAUAUUUUAUAGAAUUAAUGAAAUUAUCUAUUACUGAAGCUGGAUGUAUUAUUUAUAAUAUUUCUUGUCGUGAUAAGGAAAGAAAAUAUCAAAUUUAUCAGGAAAUUAUUUCAAAUAUUAAUAAAAAUAUUAUAAAUAAUUUGAAUAUGGAAAAUAAAUAUAUUGAUUCUAGUUAUAAAUUAAAUAAUAUAAAUGAAGAUAAUGAAUAUUUCAUUCAAGUAAUACCUACAACAGAAGAUGAUGUUAAUGAAGUAUGGGUAAUUCAAAAAAAGUCUAUAUUUGAGUCAUUAGAGAAAAAACAUGAAUAUAUAGAUAAUUUUAUAAAAGAUAAUAAUUUAACUAAUUCUGAAGAAAGAAUUAAAUGGGCUAAUAAGUGGAAAUAA